UCAAAGUCCAAGCAGUUUGUUUUUGACAGAUCGUUCCGAUGGCAGCUAUAAAGUAGUCGGAUGGAAAUUUUGGUGUUCUGUCGGAACGGAAGUCGGCCCUAACCUCUCGAAAUUAGAAGCACACAAGAAUACACAACACCAGGAACGGGAGGAAUCAGCACAGUUCAGAAGCUGGUGAUUCUACGGACUGACUUCGUGCUCGUGAUCCUUCAUCAACUGGUCGCACUUGGCCAUGCCGGCGGUGGCAGCAGGCAUGGCCGAGGGCCGACCUUGUGCGCCGCCUGCGAGCGAGGACAGGACGGCGAUCAACAGCGUCCUCAGGGCUACAAUUAGCAACGCCAAGGCGGCUCCCGUUCCCAUACUCCUCUCCAUCUCCCCCCCAACUCAUGGGCCUCGUGCUACACGACGGAGAAGGCGAGGAAGUGACGCUGACGGUCGUACUCUGAUUUACAAUCUUCGAAUAAAGGAGACAAAAGAUCUGGAGUUCCACAUGCGCUGUGCUGAACAUGCAAUAUCCCAUCUUUGCAGCCAUGUUAUAGAUGGGACUUACGAUACACCUAUGCGAGCCAUGCAGGUGCUGGAGGUUGUUCUGGCGUUUCACGCGCACGUCUCUCCUUCUUCAAGAGGUGUGAUCCCGGAAAAACCAAUUAUCUUGGCGAUGUCUACGAGGCUGGGAAUCUUGUGGGAAUCUCUCGUGCUUGGAGACUUUAUCCUAGAACCACCUGGACAAGAACGAUGAACUUGGCCUGCCCUGCAUCCCAGUAACCGAUAGCUAUCGUACUGUCAUCAUUCGAAGUUGGCGCCCAGCGAUUUCGGUCUCUAACCAUCACGGCAUUCGCUUGGAGAAGGUAGCAUGGAAGGCGGGUAGCAUAGAUCAUAGCGGAUGGACUGUUUCUCGACGAUCUGGAGCAAAGGGUCUCAUCUCCUCCGGACCUCUCGUGCUUGGAGACUUUAUCCUGGAACCACCUGGACAAGCACGAUGAACUUGGCCCGCCCUGCAUUCCAGUAACCGAUAGCUAUCGUACUGUCAUCAUUCGAAGUUGGCGCCCAGCGAUUUCGGCCUCGCCCCAGAACAA